AUGCAACGUGCGUCAGUGCUCGUGUCCCUGCUGCUGCUAGUGGUGGUGGGUCGUGUUGCGGCGGAAGCGGACCCCGAGUCGCAGGGACAAACAGUGAGCGUACCGCCGGCAGCACCGAGCCUCACCGAUCCACUCCCGUUCGAUGAGCCCACGGUGGAACGGUUCUUCACCGCCGUUAAGAGCCAGCUGCGCUGCGGCUAUCCCAUGUUCGGCAUCCCGUCGCUCGUACCGCUCAAGCUAAGCUACACCCUCAAGACGUCGUUCGAUCUGCUUUCGCUUAAAAAAAUCAAUGUGGUAGCGUCCAACUUUACCGUGUACGGGCUGAACGACUUCACCUGGGACCCGUCCCGGACGCGGUUCACCCGCACGUCCGCCACCGUGCCGCUCUCCUUCCCGAACGUGACCGCGUUCGCGCACACCUCGCUGAACGGUGCGAACGGUACGUCGUACGUCCAGCUGCGCAACGUCACUGUCCGGCUGGACGCGCAGUACGAGGAAAAGGACGACCUGCUGUACGUGACCGAGCUCGGCGGUUCGAUUCUGCUCGAAGAUGCGAAGGUAAAGAUUGCCUCGCUCUUCCCGAAGAGCGCCAAGCUGAGCAAGAUCUGGAACAAGGCGAUCGGCAAAUCGCUCCCGAUACUGGUGGAGCUGUUCAACGGCGGCAAGCUGAAGAUCGAGUACCUGAGCCGGCUGCUGAGUGGGGCCAAGUUCUACGCGAUGAACACGAUCAACAACGCGCUCAACACGCACGGCCUCAGCUUUGACCGGCUGGUCGAGAGCAUGGCCAAGUUCGCGGACGGUUCGCCCGACUCGCUGCAGUGCGACGGUACGGCCAGCGACACGCUCGUCGGAUGGCUGCGAGCGUAGGACGGGCACAAGUGUGUUCUUGUGUGUGUCUGUUCUAUGUGUGAGUGUGCGUGUGUGCUCGUUUGCUUUUGCUAAAGGAUAAGAGACUGCCACCCCAAGUGUCCCUCUCUCAUCGACUCAUUGGCAGUGUGUAUGUUAUGUUUUUGUGGAGAUGGCACACAUGGGAGGAGGUGAUUGUUUUCCCCCCAAUAAAGUAUACUGUAAUGCAAUA